AUGGUCUGCGACAAGCCCCGAGGGCAUGGUGAGAAGCUUGCAAUAUUGCACGAGUUAUACUUCAAGCGUUGUCUUAACAAACCAUCUUUGUAUCGAAAGGAAGAACAAGGUCAUCUCCUGAUCGUAGCGGUAUACGUGGAUGACCUGCUCGUGACAGGUUCAAACAUAGAAAUGAUAGUCGGUUAUAAGAAAGAUAUGGCAGCAAAGUUUGAUAUGUCUAAUCUUGGCAAAUUGAGCUAUUACCUUGGGAUAGAAGUUACGCAGAGAGAAGGGAGUAUUGUGUUAAGUCAAGAGAAGUACGCAGAAAAGAUCAUUGAAGAAGCUGGUUUGAAAGAAUGCAACGCAGUACACAUACCUAUGGAUGCUAGUCUGAAGCUAUGCAAGGCAGAAGAAGAAGUAAGCGUUGAUGAGAUGGAUUACCGGAGGAACAUUGGAUGCUUGCGUUACUUAAUACACACGAGACUUGAUCUUGCGUGCAGCGUUGGCGUUCUAAGCAGGUAUAUGCAUAACCCGAAGGAGUAUCAUAAAGCUGCGUUGAAGCAAGUGUUACGUUACCUAAAAGGCACCCUAUCAUACGGACUCAAGUUUGAUGUCGGCUCGCAAGAAGGUCUGAUCGGGUACAGUGAUAGCAGCUAUAACGUUGAUCCUGAUGAUGGGAAGAGGAAAUAG